GUGCCUAUGAAAGUAGUUGGGGAAAGUGAGGUGCCAAAGGAAGAAGUUGAAUGGAAUGAUGAAGACUUGGUGAAGAUCAUGAUCAACAACAAAGCAAUCAACAUGCUUCAAUGUGCUCUCAAUCCAACGGAAUUCCAUAGAGUUUUCGGGUGUGAUACAGCUAAGGAGAUAUGGGACAUGUUGGAGGCUAUUGGUAAAGUCUAUCCUCCUCAAGAAGUGGUGAGAAAGGUUCUUAGAAGCUUGCUUAAGAGUUGGGAAGCCAAGAAGACGACAAUUGAAGAAUCUAAGGAUCUCAACACUCUCAAGCUUGAAGAUCUCAUUGGUAAAUUGAUGACAUAUGAGAUAGAAGUUCAAGAUAGUGAAGAUGAUGCUAGUAAUGAUGAGUCUAGCAAUGAGGAGGACAUCACCAAAUUGAUUUCAAAGGAAGUGAAGAGAUUCAUGAAGAAGAACAUCAAGAGCAAGCUUGCAAAAAGAGAUGAAGGAGAGUCUACCAAAAGGAGUGUGAAAUGCUAUGAGUGCAACAAGAUAGGGCACUAUAGAAAUGAAUGUCCCAAAUUGAAGAAGGGUGAAAGGAAAAACAAGAAGAGCAUGAAGAAGAAAGCUUUUACCGCCACUUGGAGCCAUGAUGAGACUAGCUCAACGGAAAGUGAAAGCUCCUUGGAAAAUGGUGUUGCAAAUCUUUGCUUCAUGGCUCAAGAGGAUAGCUACAAUGAUGAGGAGUUCUCUCUCUCAUGGCUUCAAGAAGGGGCGGAAGCAAGAGGAAAUAGAUUGGGAGUUCUAGUGCUGGUGGCCAAGACCAGGAAGAAGUGGAUUAUUAGUCGCAUUCUUGCUCAGAGAAAGGGUUCCAAAUCUAUUGUACUUAGUGGUGAUCUCUUAUGGUUUGAUUAUCUUCUCAAAAGGAAGAGGUUGAACCUUAGAAGAUUCAUUUACUGGAACCUAAUCAAGACUUAUUCAUCAAACAUGGGUCUUCCUCAUGGUGCUUUAAUUACUAGAUUGGUGAAGAGGAACAAUGUUGAUUUUACACCCUUUAUGCUAGGAAAGGUUCAAAGUGGGACUACACUUAAUAAAGCUUCCUUUGAGAAUAUGCAAUAUGAGUUUCGGAAUGGUAGCUGGAGGACGAAAAGGGAUCUAGUAAUGGAACAGCAAAGUGAUGAAGAAGAAGGUGAUACAGAUCAAGAAAUGGCAGAACAAGGGGCAGAAGAACAUGAAGAUUACAGCCCAAGACCAUUUCGAGCCUCCAUGCAAAGAACUAACCGUGAAACCAUGGAGUUAAUGAUAUCUGAGAUGCAGCAGCUGCACACCGACUUUUAUGGUUUCUAGACAGAAAUGAGAGGGAGAAUGACUAACGUGGAGGGAAAGCUUGAUCGGCUUGUUAACCAUUUUUUUCCUCCACCCCCACCUGAUGCCACCUAACUUGAUAUAUCUUGAGUUUGGCUAAUCUUUAGGAUGGACAUCUUAGGGUUAUGCAUGUUAUGCUUUUCUUUGACUAUAGAUAUUUCUUGAACAUUUUUAUCCUGUUUUAUGAAUGGAAAUGACAUUGCUUGUGUUAUCAUGCUUUGUGAAUGGUUGUUUAUGAUUUUGAUGAUUAUAUGCUCUUAUUGAGGGGGAGCAUUUUGUGCUUAAAUUGCUUUUCUUAAUGGUUAUCAUGCUUAAAUGCUUUAAAGAUUGAUGUGCAUGAAUUAAGGGGGAGUUUGUUG